AUGGAAAAGCGAUUUGAAGAAUCGCCUCAGUCAGUAAUUUACUCGAAAAUUUUGAAGCACUUCCAAGAAAGUGAACAUUAUACAAAUGAUCCGAAUGAAGCAUGUUUGUUUCUUCUGGGAAUUGACACUACUGAUCGAGAUGUUCGAAGUCUGAACUAUGUGAAAAAUGUAAAUGAAUACAUUGAAUCUCUCGACCAAGCAGUGUGGAAUAAUGGACGAAAUCAUUUGAUUUAUAACUUCUAUCAUGGAACUUUUCCCGAUUAUGACGAUCAUAAUCUCAAUUUCAAUACGGGAGAAGCAAUUAUUGCAAGAGCUUCGUCAAGUGAAAAUAAUUUCUUCAAGGAUUUUGACAUUUCGCUACCGUUAUUCCACGAGAAUCAUCCAUAUCAAAUUGAGUCUCAGGGACUUCAUAAUGAACCUAAAGAAGAAAAACGGAGGUAUCUUGCGAGUUUCAAAGGGAAGCGAUAUGUGUAUGGAAUCGGGUCUGGAACCAGAAAUUUGGUCCAUCAUCUUCAUAAUGGAGAUGACAUUGUAAUGGUCACUACGUGUAAACACAAUAAUGACUGGCAGGUUUACCAAGAUGAUCGGUGUCAACGAGAUAACGAAGAGUAUGAUCGAUGGGAAUACGAUGAUCUGCUCUCUAACUCAACAUUCUGUCUAGUUCCACGAGGCAGACGGCUGGGAUCUUUCAGAUUCCUCGAGACACUUCGUUCUGGAUGUAUUCCCGUGGUAAUCUCCGACUCGUGGAUUCUUCCAUUCUCGGAAACGAUCGAUUGGCAUUCGGCAGCCAUAGUUGUUGCUGAGCGUGACGCGCUCUCGAUUCCAGAAUUGCUGAUGUCGACGAGCCGACGUAGAGUGAAGGAACUACGCGACUCGGCUCGAGACGUUUACGAUGGACACUUAAGGUCGAUUCAAGUGAUUAGUGAUCAUGUUUUGCAGAUACUAUACAAAAGAAUCGACAAUCACUUCAUCAACAUUCAAUAA